AUGGUAUCACCUAAAUCACGAUCGCACACUAGUGCUGAUCAUAUUGAAGAGUCCAAUACUACCGCCAGUCUGUUUUUAGGUGGCGUGCGGAGGAACUGGAUGGGCCCGCAGACUAACGUCCCAGAGGACUCCGCUACGCGAAAUCCUCGCGUUGAGGCUGACCUUCAAGUGCCUCCCAGCUCACUUUCCCGUGAACCUGUCUUAAUGUCCCCCGUCACGCCUGGUGAGACCCUUACUCAACCGCCCUCACGUGGUCCUGUUCAUACGGCAAAAAAGCCCGAUACGCGAGCAACAGCGCUUCCCUCACCCGCUCUCAGUACAAAUUCUCACCCAAGUCCCGCGAGCGCCGAUGCGAUCGUUUCAAACAGACUCUCCACGUUGUCGUUGCCACCAGUCUCUACACAACUUACAGCACAGCGCGGCAAUUAUGAACGCAUGGCGGUCCACCAGGCUCCUUUCAGCGGGCACGCCACGUCACAACGCGCGACCCAGUCCCCUCUAAUGCGACCCAACCGGUCCACGAAUUCGCCCUCGGUCACAGGCACACACACAGGCGCUAGCAUACAAGAACAGACAGUCCCGGCGUCAAGACCUAGUCCGCAGCAGAAUCAGCAGAAUGGGGGAGCACGGGAACUGGCCAUCCCCAAUGAGACAUGGGAACAAUGGUCUGCUCAAUUGGAUGCCUUGGUAGAGGAUUUGUCCUCAAAGGGAAUACUAGCUCCUGCUCAUAUGAGAGAGAAGGGUGUUAUGCGGCCUCGGAUUGACCUAUUGCGCCAGGCCAUUAGUCGUAAGGACGCCUUUUAUCUGGUGAUACAUCAAUUAUAUUGCCGAUAUAGCAUUGAUCCAACUACACUGGGUCAAAUUAGAGCCCCUGAAUCGGGCAUGCGAUCACUCAUGGAUCUUCUGGAAGACAACAGAAAGAUGCAUGAUGCUGCUAUCAUUGGGUUUGCCCAUUUCCCGGCAUCUCCACAGCAGUUGAUGCAAACAAAGUGGUACCUACAGGUGCUGCCCGGUGUUCCUGUGUUUUUAUCACGGCUUGCGGCUCAAUGGCUGGGAAUCUGGAAGCAGGCCCGUCAUCCCCCGUUGGUGUCUUAUCUUUGGCGCACGCUCGCUUGUCCAUCUCCAAUUUUGAUGUCGGUGAUGUUCAUGUGUGUCGCACGGGGUAUUCACCACGAGGACUAUGUCAAGCCCCUUCUGGAGUUGUUUUGGAAAGAUUUAAAAGUCUUCUACCAGUGUAGAGAUUUUGAACUCCCCGAGACCACUCAGCAGGCUCACAGCUGGAGUAUCACCCAAGAGUAUCUCAAAUUCCCACGUUUGCCCGAAUAUCCAUCACACACACCAUCUUCCUCCCACUCUGCACCACCUCCCAGACCUCAGAAUCAAACCAUGUCUCAAGCCGCCCUAGGUGUGCCGUCACCCCAUCCCAGAUUCUCGGUCAGUGGUGUCAGUCAACCUGCCACCAAUUCACCUGCUCCGGUCCCACUUGGCGCACCUUUGCAGCCUUUCCCCUCAAAUUCACCACAGGGGCAGGUUGUUGGUCCAGCUGCUGGGUCCUAUGAAUUUGGCGUAAACUCACAAAGGCAGAAUACCACACAAACUCCUUAUUACAACCCUAUCUCACAGGGGCAAGCACAAGGACAGAGACAGGGACAGGGACAGGGACCGUGGAAUCCGGUGAAUUCACAUAUGAUUCCACACAUGAAUGCACAGAUGCAAAUGCACAUACAGACAGCGCUUGGACAGGUAGCACCUUCUCAGAGGCACCGAUCAACACCAGGUUCACAUGGUCAGCAAAUGCAGCUUCGAACAUCGAUGCCUGCUACUUCAAUAGCACCUGCUAACCCCUCCACCACCUCCCUCCAAUCGAGUGAUCUCACCUCUACACAGUCAGCGCAGUCACUCCAUGCUCCAUCGUCCAUAUCUACAACCCCGACUACAAGGAACCAUAUAGCCCAGCACCCAAUGCCACCACAACGGCCUAAUAAUCAUCACAACCGACAGCAUUCGAUGGCUGUGCAGUCAUCUCCUUCGCCGAUCACCCGCGUGCCUCCUCAGGGACAACCUCAUAGACAGCAUUUCCAGCCUCUACCUAACUCUACCUUCCUCCCGUUACCUGGCUACAGAGCACCUAUGAUGGCGAAUCCAGAUCCAACGCGUCUCGGCCUACAUCUGAUUGGUCUUCGCGAUCCCAUGAAGAGGCUGGUAAAACAGGGUCCAGACGGCAAUGACAUUGAGACUGAUUUGUUGACUUAUCUCGAUACCUUCAUUGUACACCCAACCGUCGUCGAUGUUGACCAGCCGAUCUACACGUGGAAUUUCUCUUUCACGGAUUAUGAGCGCCAAAAGUUCCCACACAUAGCUCACGGGAAAGAGACACAAUAUUCGGUUUGGACUUUUAGGCCCGGUUGCCGGACUAUUCGCCUGCGAUGCAUUCGUCUUCCUGGUAAUCCGGAUACUGUGACGGAGCAGACCUGGUCCACCGCGGCCACUUUCUGGCCUAGUGUCUUUUACAUUACUGUUAAUGGCAAAGAGCUCUAUGUGCGCCGAAAGGUUCACAACGGAAAGGAUUUGCCUCUGGACAUCACCGAGCACCUCAAUGCAGGCGAAAAUAACGUACGACUCGAUAUUAUCUUAGGACAGGAUGAGUGCAAAACCUCCAAAUUCGUCUUUGGAGUGGAGGUCAUGGAGGUUGGCGAGUUCGACCAGAUACUCAGUCUAAUCAAGUCCGUCCCAGCGGCCGAAUCUCGUACAGCAAUCAAGAAGCGUCUUUCCCCUAUCACCGAUGACGAUGACCUGGCGGUUGUCACUGAUAACCUCACAAUCGACCUGGUGGACCCCUUCAUGGCACGCAUCUUCGAUGUCCCCGUACGCUCACUUCACUGCAGCCACCAUGAAUGCUUCGAUCGUGACACUUUCAUAAAAACCAGGAAUUCCACAUCCGGCCAGACACCGAUGGUCGAUAACUGGCGCUGCCCGAUUUGCAAGGGAGAUGCACGCCCGCAGUUCUUGGUUGUCGAUCAGUUCCUUGCUGAGAUCCACGCCGAGCUCGCCCGUACAAACCGACUUAACGGGAUCAGAGCAAUCCAAAUCAAAGUUGAUGGAACUUGGACCUUCAAGUACGACACCGAGGAGAUCUCGCCCGGGCCAGACAACCCCUUUUCUCCAAAGCGCAAGGCUGAAGACUCUUUGGGCCCUGUUGCCAUGCGCUCCAGGCACGACAUGUCUAAUAGUCGUCACAGUCCGGCUGUUCGGACCCAAGAGCAUACAGUCAUUGAAUUGGACUAA